AUGGUGUACGCGUUUACUCUCCCAACGACCUCCCCUCUUUCAUUCCAAUCGUUCAUCACCUCGCCCACCCAUCCUUCCCUUCCCCAAUCAGCUUCAACGGCUCGCCAUGCUCUCCGCGUCACACUAAAGGCCCACAAACGCUUACCCCGCGGCCCGCGUCAGGAUGCCCACCUCCCCGCCGUUCUGUCCGCCCUGAACGAAUACAUUCCUUAUCUUUUCGCCAUCUACAAUAGUCUGAGCGAUAAGCCGAUCUCCGAUUUCCAAUCCGCUGGCUACACGUCCGGAGCAGGUCUCCGCACAGGUGGACUCGAAAUAGUCCUACGUGCGGAGAUCGAGUCCGCAUGGAGACCGACUUUGUCGUCCAAUGCAUUCAACAUAACAUCCGGAAGGAAUAGCUCGAGUGGCAAGGCUGUCAAGACACAUAAUGGGCGAGUGUGUGGCCAAGGGAUUCACUUCGAGUUGGCAUUCACACUCGCGACACUCGGCUACGUGCUGAGCAGACUGGCGCGUGCGGGUGUCGUCGCUGCACUAUAUGCGCUUACGCCUCCUACGGCUGAAGAGCGCACUGCUGCCGUGCAGACUGCGACGCGGUAUUUGUUGCAGGCUAGUGCCGUGCACAACUUUCUCGCCUCGUCGCCUUCCACGCUGAAUGCUGUCUCUACAGUACCCGAUCUGGAUGCUAGCACGCACUCUGCUCUUUCAUCGCUUGCGCUGGCUGAGGCUACUCUACUCGCAGUGCUCAAGGAUGAUGCAUAUGUUGCUGCUUGUAUCCAGUCGAGGAAUCCGAAUGACAAAGAGUGGAUGGUCCACGCGCCCGAAAUCCCAAAAGUCCGUGCCCUGCUAUUUGCAAGACUCUGUGUUCGAGCCGCGGAGUACUCCGAGCAAGCUGCUGCGGGCCUCGGUGCCGUUGGUGCUGCGUCUGCGCGCACAGAGCGCGUGAGCGAGGAAGUCAUUCGGUAUACUGGUGUUUUGGGUCGUGUUGCGCGUGCCCGAGCUUGUCGUUUCUUUGGUGUGGAUGCUGAGUUGUCUGGGAAGGUUGGAGAAGGCAUUGCAUGGCUACGCGCUGCGCGUACGCCUCUUGGGAUUCGCGGAGGAUCUCAAGAUGAAGGUUCUGCUUCUGGUGGGCCGGCAAAGGGUGGACUAUCCCGCCUGAAGCGUGAGUGGAAUGAGCGUCGUGAGGAACGUCGUGUGGCAAAAGAUGCGGGCAGCAGCGGCGAGAAAGGUCCCUUGGAUGCUGGGGACGACGCUGGUCGUGGCGAAGAAGGCCAGGUCAUCGCCAUGCUGGAAGCAAAAUGGGUGAAGAUGAAUGAUACCAUCAACACCCAACUUAUUCCCCCGUCUGCGCCAUUGCUUUCUAACUUGCCUUCUGGCCGGGAUAUUCACUCGCCGCCAGCACCAUAUCAGCCUCCGUCUCUGGACAAUGAUGAGAUGAUGCGCAUGCAAGCUAUUCCGGACGAAAGAGACGAUGUGAACUUCGGAAACGAUGAUGACAGUGAAGAUGAGACAGGUUUGAGCGCGGAUCGAACCCCAGGAGCGUUCCCGGACCGCAGUGCAACUGCUUCCAGCGUCUACUACUGA